AUGCAAUGUUCUGCAUUGAGAAAGAACGGACACGUUGUUAUCAAGAGCAGACCAUGUAAGAUUGUUGACAUGUCCACCUCCAAGACCGGUAAGCACGGUCACGCCAAGGUCCACUUGGUGGCUAUUGACAUUUUCACUGGUAAGAAGUUGGAAGAUUUGUCCCCAUCCACCCACAACAUGGAGGUGCCAAAUGUUUCCAGACAGGAGUACCAAUUGUUGGACAUUGAUGAUGGAUUCUUGUCUCUUAUGACCCAAGAUGGUGACACCAAGGAUGAUGUCAAGAUCCCAGAGGGUGAGUUGGGUGACAAGAUCCAAUCUGAGUUCGAUGACGGUAAGGAUUUGUUGGUUACCAUCAUCUCUGCCAUGGGUGAGGAAGCUGCUAUUUCCUACAAGGAGGCACCUAAGUUGUAA